AUGCUAAUGUUGUGCAAGUGGCGGUGGGACCCAUAUGAAACAAAUGUUAGCAACGUCCAAAUGGACAAUGGCGGGGCUGCGCCCGUGCAAGACGACUUCUGCGCCAGUACUGCGGCAGCAAGCAUGGAGUUUGACGGGCACCUUCCGGAGGCGUCUGCAGUUUCGACCUCGUACGCAUCGAGGGAGGGCGUUUACGCGGCGAAUGCAUGGCAGGCUCCUGCAUUGUGGGGGGUGUCUGGUGAUACAGAGCGGGGAGGUGGCGACAGUCCAAGCUCGACGGCCUCCGGCCCCACUUUCCGGAUCAGCGCGACGGACAAGGACGGGCGGCUCAGCUCGCCAAGCUCGAGAGGAAGGCACCAGUUUGGCGGCCGUGUCGGCGUGUUCGACACCGACACCCUGCCGAGCCCCAGCCACCGAGCGACCGCGAAGGACCGCCCCGCGCCGUCCAAGCUGCCCAAUCCCCUCAAACGCGUCCAGCUCUGCUCGCAAAUCCUAAUGGUCGCCCUCUGCGUCUUCACCGUCAUCCCGUUCGUCUACCGCGUCCCCGUGGCGCGUCACGGGCUCAUCUUCCCGAGCGGCGACCGCCGGUUUCUGUACGCGGAGCUCUCCCCCGGGGACCCGUUUCUCGUUCCCGACGCGGGGCCGGCGCCGCCCGGGAAGACGCACUUCGGCCCCGGGGUGAUCGACGCCGAGAAGGUCCGCGCGGCGGUGCUCGACUCGGACGAGCGCGCGAGGGCGGGGCUCGUGCACGCGGUCGCCGGAGCGGGCGCUGACUCGGGCGAGCCGGCCGCGACGCCCGAGAGCCACUUGGAUGAUGUCACCCCGUCCAACACUACCGGUGGGCUGUGGGGCGGGAUCUUCGCGGCGGCGGUCCGGGAGGAGUUCGAGUGCGACCGGUCGUCGCCGCUGACGGACGUGUGCACGAUCCGGGGCGACGUGCGCAUAAACGUGACGUCGGGCGAGAUCGUGCUGUUUGCGCGCAACCCGCAGACGCCGCGCGGGCAGCGGUUCAUUCGGCCGCACCCGCGGAAGUGGAACUGGGGGCUCAUGGAGGGGAGCGUGACGCAGUUCACGGUCCAGUCGGUGGAUUACAACGACCCCAACGCCCCGGUCAUGGAGUGCGCGAAGCGCAACACGGCGCCGGGGGUUUUGUUCUCGGUCGGCGGGUUUUGCGGGGGUGUCUUCCACGACUUCAACGAAGUGUACCUGCCGCUGUUCGAGACGACGCACUCGUACGAGCGGGAUGUCGUCAUGCUGGUUGCGGAUCUGAAGGGCGACUGGUGGUGGCACGACGCGCCGCGGCGGAGCUUCGUCGGGGCGAUGACGCGGCACGCGAUCCGGCUCGUCGGGCGCGGGAUCGACACCGAGAGCUACGCGCAGGGGGUGGAGUGUUUCGACCAUCUCACGUUAGGCCUGUACCAAAACCUGUGUAUGUAUGAUGAAUUUGGCGGGAGGGAAAGCCGGGCGUUUGCGCGUUCGAACGUGAAAGACUUUGCGCCGUACGUUAGGAAAGGCCUCCAGAUGCCGGAGCCCCCGCUAAAGUGGGUCUUCGUGCCGAACGACACGAUUCCCGUAGUCGGAAUCGUCCAGAGGAUGAACACGCGGAAGUUAGUGAACUACAAAGAGCUGCUAGAGGUGGCGGAAAAAGAGGGGUACAAGGUUGUGCCGAUCACGUUCGAGCACCUGAGCCCCGAGCAAGCCGCGGAGACGAUGGCGAAACUAGACGUGUUGGUCGGGGUGCACGGCGCAGGGCUGAGCAACAUUUGCCUCAUGCGCCCCGGGGGGGUGGUUCUGCAAAUAAUGCCGUACGGAGAAGGGGGGGCUAGAAACAUGAUCGGGGUUGAGUAUAAGAACUUUGCCGCGGCGAUGGGGGCGGAGUAUCUGGAGUGGAGCGUCCCGGUGCACGACAGCACGAUCAAGGACCAGUACAGCCACUCCGACUGGAUCGUCACAUCGCCGCUCAUGAUCUGGAAGCAUCGCGGGCAGGACGCGAUGAACAUCUACCACAGUCAAGACUGCAGCGUGGACUCCCUCACUCCGCUCCCGUGUGGAUCCCACACGAUAAGAUCAGUCAAUACAAAGGCGCAAUGCCUUCUCGUCGACUUCCGUGAAGUUUGACGAGUCGUGGAAUCCGACAGCUAUGAGAUCAUGUUAAAACGAAAGUUCGGCCUCGGGCAACCCUCGUCUGAUUAUCCAAUGCAAGACGACCUAGUGGUAGAAAUGCGAAACAGUGCGCAAUGUGCAUAAGCACAGAAGGCUUUACGAGUUGUCGCGUUUAUAGGUGUUUAUAGAUUUGGACAGUCAGAAGCAUCUGACAGCUGAUUGCUUGAUGUAUGGAGAGAAAAAAUUCUCCGAAGACCUGAAUGUACGAUGGACAAACUGAGGCCGGUGAACGCCCGUUCGCCCUUCCCUGC